AUGAGGGAUUCUAUUAUCUCAACCCUAUACAAAAACAAGGGAGACCGCAUUGAUGGCAACAAUUACCGUGGCAUCUCACUUCUGUGCAUUGCUGGAAAGCUGUUUGCCCGAGUAGCAUUAUACCGCCUUCAAAAGAUCGCUGAAAGGGUGUACCCUGAAUCCCAGUGUGGUUUCCGCUCUAAUCGGUCGACUGUGGACAUGAUUUUAUCUUUGAGACAACUCCAGGAGAGGUGCAAAGAGCAACAACAGCCACUCUACAUUGUAUUCAUCGACUUGACAAAGGCGUUGGACCUUUUCAGUAGAGACGGCAUUUUCAAGAUUCUGCCCUUACUUGGCUGUCCUCCUAAAUUCCUGAACUUCAUCAAAUCGUUCGAGGAUGCGUCUCGGGAGCCAAGAACAAAGGUAGCCAUCCGUGACCUUCUCCUUGCCGAUGAUGUUGCCCUCGUUGCUCACAGCGCUGAAAAACUCCAACUCCUCCUUAAUCAGUUUUCUGACGCAUGGCAGGCUUCCAGACUUACAAGCAGCCUAAAGAAGACGAAAUUCAUGUCCCAGGACAAUGCAGCCACACCUGCCGUAACGAUCAAAGAUUACAUCUUGGAAGCCGUCACACAGUUUACCUAUCUCGGCUCCACUACCUCAAACAACAACUGCCUUCAAGUGGAGAUUAGAAAGAGAAUUGGCAAGGCUGCAACCAACAUGGCUAAGCUGUCUUCCCGUGUCUGGGAGAACAAGAAGUUAACUACCCAAACUAAAGUUGCUGUGUAUCGUCCUUGCAUCGUGAGCACCUUAUUGUUUGGUAGCGAGUCUUGGACUACCUACGCUAGUAAGGAGAAGCGCUUGAACAUCUUCCAUAUGAGAUGUCUUCGUCGCAUCCUCUCCAUCUCAUGGACAGAUAAGGUCUCUAACAAUAAGGAACUUGCAAGAGCCAAUAUCCCCUCGAUGUUUCACCCUGAUAAAACAGCGCAGAUUGAGGUGGCUAGGUCAUGUGUACCGGAUGGAGGAUGGGCGAAUCACUAA